AUGAUAGACGACCGUUUGAUCAUCAACUGUCACGUCGACUACGCUUGCGGAAAGGUGGCGAAGGCCAUCAAUGCGAUAGCCAGAAUCAUGCCAAAUAGUUACCGGCCGAGUAGUAGCAAGCGGAGGCUGCUGGCUAGUUUACCAUCGUCGAUCCUGCGGUAUGGAGGUCCAGCCUGUACCACAGCACUACGAUCGAAGCGAAAUCGCGUGAAGCUGAAUAGUACCUUCCGACUUAUGGCUGUCAGAGUCGCCAAUGCGUAUAGAACAACAUCGUCAGAGGCAGUAUGUAUUAUCGCUGGAAUGAUCCCCAUCGGUAUCAUCCUCGUGGAAGAUAACGCCUACUACGGACGAAGAAACACCAGAGGAACCCGGAAGCUGACGAGAGAAGAAUCGUUGAGCAAAGUUUGCACUCGAGCCGCUUCGCGCUGA